GUUCCUUUCGCAGUGUGUUGGUUGUCUUUAGGAAAAUGAUUUCAUGAAGUUAUUUUUCUGCAAAAGUGAUAUUUGUGUGAGCUAAUUUAAAUAAUUUUGUUGAUAAUCGUAACAUUGUCAAGAAAUGAUACGGAAUUUGUGAUAUUUUUUGCUGUGAUAUAGAAGUAAGGUUGUAAUUCAGUUAUAACAGAUGAUGUUCCGGUAUUUAUAGUUCAAGAUUAGGUUACAUAGGAGAUACCAUGGGAAAACUCCUGAGUUUGCUUGCGAGGGACGACUCUAAUUGUUGCUCACCGCAGAAGUAUGACGUAUUUCUCGACUUUGAAAAUGCUCAGCCGACGGAGGGAGAGAAAGCAGUGUAUGAGGAGGUGCAGCAAGUCCUGCUCAGUUCCGAGGGUAUCCUGCAGGAGCUGGGGGUGUACAAGGGUGCAGGCAAGGAAAUUCGUGAAGCCAUCAACACACCUAGUGAGGAGUGCCAGCGUAGAGCCUGGACAGCAGUGCUGCCACUUGUCACAAAGCUGAAACGGUUCUAUGACUUCUCUCUGGAACUGGAGGGCAUAGUUCCAAAAAUCCUUGGGGAACUGUGUUCAGGAGCCAUGACACCUACACAACACCUCGAGACCCAACAAGCUCUGGUCAAACAGUUUGCUGAGAUCCUUGAGUUUGUUCUCAAAUUUGAUGAAUACAAGAUGAAGACGCCAGCAAUACAGAACGACUUCAGCUACUAUCGGAGGACGGUGAGCAGACAGCGGAUGACAAGAGAGGGAGGUGAGGGGCUCCAGAGGGUUCCAGAAGUUUCCAGCGAGCUGGCAAACCGGAUGUCACUGUUCUACGCUCAUGCCACGCCUAUGCUCAGAGUUCUGAGUGAGGCCACUUCUCGCUUCGUGCAAGAGAACACCGAUAUCCCAAUUGAGAACACAACAGAAACCCUGAGCACAAUGGCCAAAGUGUGCCUUCGUAUGCUGGAAAGUCCAAGCCUGAUAUCGCAGUUCCAGCGUGAGGAGACACAGCUUUUUGUCUUGCGUGUGAUGGUUGGCCUAGUAAUCUUGUAUGACCAUGUCCACCCACAUGGCGCCUUCGUCAAGGCUAGCAAUGUGGAUGUCAAGGGCUGUGUCAAGUUAUUGAAGGACCAACCAGCCAUACGCUCCGAGGGUCUUCUCAACGCUCUCAGGUACACGACCAAACACCUGAACGAGGAGGCGACACCAAAGCACAUAAAGAAUCUUCUGGCUGCAUGAUGCCAUGAGCGAAGUGGUCUGAAGCGGUGUUGCAGUUAAUCACCGAAUAUCUGUGUAUAUUUGUACAUCAGACUGUAUGGUACGGUACCAUCGCUUGCAAUUUUACCCACCCUCACAAGACAGUAACUGUUUGUAUAUAAUGUUUUUAUCGAUUUAAUUUAGGUAAUAUGUAUCGGAAGGAAAGUUUAUCUUGGUCAUUUGUUUGUCCAAAAUACGUUAAGUAUAUAUUGUAUAAGUUGUAAAUCUUUUUCAUAUCUAGUUCCAUAUAAGUAGAAAAUAUGGACAUUAAUUAUACCAUUUAUUAUUUUUAAAUAAACUUAGCUUGAGUAUUUGUCCCAAACGUUUUUGUCAGUAUUGUCAUAGCUGUUCAGAUGAGAGUACGUAUAUUAUUUGUUGUUUUAAAACUUUAGUUAUAAUUUUAAUGAAGGACAAAUUGUUAUAAACAAUUUUUAUUCAAUCACUGAACAUUAGUUAAUGCAAGAUAUUUUUAGGAUUUUUUAAUGCUACUAGAGUGAUUAAAACGCAGAAUAUUUAGAAUGGAAACAUAAUUAAUCAAGAGAAGUACAACAGAAACUGAAUUCUUGUGCAAUUCAAAGCUAGUUUAGUAACAAUAACAAAUCAGACCUUAGUUCUGGUAAUUUCAUGAGUUUUCACCAGAUGGAUGGGAUAUGUUAUUAUUCACAGUCCUGAAAAUCCUUUAUUAUUUUAGGGUAUGAAGAGUUAAAAUCAAUUAAUUAUUUUGUACAAUUUUUUUAUGUGUUGUGAUAUUAACAAUCUGUGUUAUUUUCUAGAUUAAUAAU